ACGGCACAGCCGCACUCACGUCAGCCAUAUUGUCGCAGUUUUGUAAUGAGCACACGCUACACGUAUAGUAUAUAUUGCGGGUACAAGGUAUCUACGGAGCGCGCGUCUUGUCCACGUUACCUAUUCCAGAUUACGAUACGGACAGGCUUUCCAGAAGUGCAGAACAACGGAUAAAUUCCGUUCCCUAUAGUUGGAUCUCUGUUGGUACCGGAAUAUGUCGUGUUCGUGACUUGAACGACGCGCCAACACCGAAUAAGAGUGUUUCAUAUAGAUUUCGUAAUCCCGAACCCAUCGUACGGCUCGUCAGCGAAACUUGAAUUAAAAGUGCCGAUUUGAGUUUGUUUUGAUUAAAAAACGCGGAGAGAGGAAUACUUGAAUUCAAAUGGGUCCGAGUGCCAAUAACGAAGACUUGGAGAAAGAUGAUGCUCCUACAUUGUCCAUAACAGAGGUAAUCGCUGAUGACGGUGAAGCCUGCAACAAUGUCAGAAGUGAGGACUACGGCAGCCAGUUCGCAGGAGUCGUACGCGAACUUUUUCUCGAUGAGUCCAUGCUCGACAUCACCCUCUGCGCUUCUGGCCACAAGAUUCGCGCCCAUCGCAUGGUUCUCAGUGCUUGCAGUCAACUCUUUCAAGAGCUUCUGUCUGACAGUAACGAGGAUCAGACAAUUUUUAUCCCUGACGUAAAUCUGGAUCAUCUACAGGCUAUUGUCUCAUUUUGUUACAAUGGAGAAAUUAGGGUACCUUCUACAGAAAUCACUGAACUGUUAACUUUGGCUCAGCAAUUAAAGAUCGAAGGUCUACGAGAAGUUGCUGGCUUAGUAGAGUCGGACGCAUCGAAUGAUCAAGCUGAAGAUGAUGAACCAUAUUUUCAGGAAUCUACUUUUGUAUAUGAUGAAGAUUCAGAUGGUAUUGAAGAAGUUACACUUGUCAGUAAUACAACUGCAAAUAAUAGUAAAAUAACAAGUACUUAUAGUACUCCAAAUUCAAACAAGACUUUCAAAAGAAAGAGAAGUUCUAGCAAAAAAGAAUAUUCUGAUAACCAAUUAGCUGCUGCCAUUAAGGAUAUAUGUGCUGGUAAAUCAUUGUUAGAAGCAGCUGAAAAACAUAGCAUCCCCAAGUCUACAUUGUACAUGCGUGCAAAAGCUUUAGGUGUAAAGAUAAAUACCACCAAGGUUAUCUACACAGCUGAAGAUAUGAAGGAGGCAGUUAAAUCAGUGUCAGAGGGAUGUAGUCUUCAACAAGCUGCUGUUGUUCAUGGAAUACCAAAAACUGUUCUGUGGAGGAGAGUUCAGAAAGAAGGUGUUCCCAUAACUAGUCGCGAUAAAAGAAAAAGUUAUGGUAGUGAAAGGCGAGAAGCUGCGGUAAAAGCUUUAGAAAGAGGUGAAACUCUAUCUAAAGUUUCCAUGGAAUAUAAAAUUCCAAAGACAACCCUUUUUAGAGACAAAACUCGUUUAAUUAAUCAAGGAAAAUUGCCUAAAUCAUUUUGGAAAAGGCGAAAAUCUCUAGAAGAUGAGCAAAAACAAAACCGUUUGGAAAAAGCUGUAUUGGCUUGUAAAACCGGAAGAAUGUCGCAGGCUGCAGCUUCUUUAACUUAUCAAAUACCAAAGACAACUAUAUGGCGGCAUCUACAUAAAGAACUUAAAGAAUGUUCUUCUCCGACACCUGUAAAACCUAAUAAAAUAGAAAAUACGAUUUCUAUUCGAAAAAGUCAAGCUGUCGUUAAAUCAGAAGAAUCAAAUGAAGAUGAAUUUGAACCAUAUUGUCCUGAGGAGACAGAAAUGAAUAUAACAUACAUUAAUGAAGAAAAUAUGGAAGAGCCAGUUAUGAUUCUUACUAGUGCUGAUGGGGACGAGUUAAAUCUAUCAUCAGAAAAACAAAACUACAUAGUUGUACAGGAUGGUACAUCUGGUGAUAAUUUUAUACCCUCUGAAAUCGGAAAUUUUGAAAAUCCAUCCUUUACGAAAAGUUAAAAUGUUUGUAUAAGUAAAAUGUGCUCUAUUUAGUGUUAGCUUGUAAAUAUAGCCUUGAGAUUCUUUAUGUUUGAAUUAUUUAAAUAUAAAUUUGCAUUUUUUAGCUUUAAAUUGUCUA